AGUACCAGACUCCCUAGGCAGACAAGCUCAUGCAAUUCCCCCAUCCAACGCCAAGGGGCACCUUCUCCCUCCGCUGUGUAUCUGGAACGGCUUGCUCUUUCCAGUUGCACAAAGAGCCCGGCCUCCUCCGGGGUGACAUCACAAAGGGCCGGUUCCCCGCCCCUUCGGCGCCACCACGUGUGUCCCCGAGCUGAGCGGCCACCCGACUCAGUCUCUUGCCGGCCGGUCAGAGCAGCGGAGGAGCAGCCGGGUGGUUAGUAGUGGCUUCGCUAUGGGAAGUCGUUCCUUUGCUCUGUCGCCGCCAGCCCUCCUCCCCGGUUCCCCGCAGCCACUGUCGGUGGAGAGCAUCGGGAGGCGCCGGCUGCACGCGCGGAUGCUGGUCGCCGCCCGGGCGCCCGCGCCCCUGGGCAGGUGCUGAGUGCCUUCCCGAGCCUUCCUCGCCGCUUCGCUCCUCCGCCCGGCCGCCCAGCAGCCGCAGUGCACAUGGGCUGCUGGAGGUAGAUGGGCUCCGCGCCCAGGAGGAGACGGUGGAUGAGGCGCUGGGCAGCAGCAGCCGCCGAUACCAGCUGCCGUGGGGCCGCGCGCCCCGGGCGCCCGUGCGAGCCCCGGGCUCGGCCAUGGGGACCUCCGCGAGCAGCAGCACCACCCGCGCCUCCUGCAGCCGCAUCGCCGGCCACGUCGGAGCCACGAUGAUCGCCGGCUCCGUUCUUUUGCUUGGAUUCCUCAGCAUCACCACAGCUCAGCCAGAACAAAAGGCUCCGAGUCUCACUGGCACAUACCGCCAUGUUGACCAUGCCACUGGCCAGGUGCUAACCUGUGACAAGUGUCCGGCAGGAACAUAUGUCUCCGAGCAUUGUACCAACACAAGCCUGCGUGUUUGCAGCAGUUGUCCUGCGGGGACCUUCACCAGGCAUGAGAAUGGCAUAGAGAGAUGCCAUGACUGUAGCCAGCCAUGCCCAUGGCCAAUGGUUGAGCGAUUACCCUGUGCUGCCUUGACUGACCGAGAAUGCACUUGCCCACCCGGAAUGUUCCAGUCUAAUGGUACCUGCGUCCCCCACACAGUAUGUCCUGUGGGCUGGGGUGUGCGGAAGAAAGGGACGGAGAACGAGGACGUUCGGUGUAAGCAGUGCGCUCGGGGUACUUUCUCUGAUGUGCCUUCAAGUGUGAUGAGAUGCAAAGCAUACACAGACUGUCUGAGUCAGAACCUGGUGGUGAUCAAGCCCGGGACCAGGGAGACAGACAAUGUCUGUGGCACACGCCUGUCCUCCAGCACGACCCCGCCUUCCCCUGGCACAGCUAUCUUUUCUCACCCUGAGCACAUGGAUUCCCUCGAAGUCCCUUCCUCCACCUAUGUGCCCCAAGGCAUGAACUCAACAGAAUCCAACUCUUCUGCCUCUGUUAGACCAAAGGUACCAAGUGGCAUCCAAGAAGGGACAGUCCCCGACAACACAAGCUCAGCAAGCGGGGAGGAAGGUGUGAAUAAAACCCUCCCAAGCCUCCAGGUAGCCACCCACCAGCAAGGCCCUCACCACAGACACAUCCUGAAGCUGCUGCCGUCAUCGGCCAUGGAGGCCACCGGGAGCGAGAAGUCCAGCACGGCCAUCAAGACCCCCAAGAGGGGCCAUCCCAGGCCCAACCUGCACAAGCAUUUUGACAUCAACGAACAUCUGCCCUGGAUGAUUGUGCUUUUCCUGCUGCUGGUACUUGUGGUGAUCGUGGUGUGUAGCAUCAGGAAAAGCUCCAGGACUCUCAAAAAGGGACCCCGGCAGGAUCCCAGUGCUAUUGUGGAGAAGGCAGGGCUGAAGAAAUCCCUGACUCCAACCCAGAACCGGGAGAAGUGGAUCUACUACUGCAACGGCCAUGGUAUUGACAUCUUGAAGCUUGUAGCAGCCCAGGUGGGAAGCCAGUGGAAAGACAUCUAUCAGUUUCUUUGCAACGCCAGCGAGAGGGAGGUGGCUGCUUUCUCCAAUGGAUACACAGCAGACCAUGAGCGUGCUUACGCAGCCCUGCAGCACUGGACCAUCCGGGGCCCUGAGGCCAGCCUGGCCCAGCUAAUCAGUGCCCUACGCCAGCACCGACGUAACGAUGUAGUAGAGAAGAUCCGUGGGCUGAUGGAAGAUACUACACAGUUGGAAGCUGACAAACUGGCUCUCCCCAUGAGUCCCAGUCCGCUUAGCCCGAGCCCCAUUCCCAGUCCCAACGUGAAACUUGAGAAUUCUACUACUCUCCUGACGGUGGAGCCUUCCCCUCUGGACAAGAGCAAGGGCUUCUUCGUGGAUGAGUCGGAGCCCCUUCUGCGCUGCGACUCCACAUCCAGUGGCUCGUCGGCACUGAGCAGGACUGGCUCCUUUAUUACCAAAGAAAAGAAGGACACGGUGUUGCGGCAGGUCCGCCUGGACCCCUGUGACUUGCAGCCCAUCUUUGAUGACAUGCUGCACAUCCUGAAUCCUGAGGAGCUGCGGGUGAUUGAAGAGAUUCCCCAGGCUGAGGACAAACUGGACCGGCUCUUUGAGAUCAUUGGAGUAAAGAGCCAAGAAGCCAGCCAGACCCUCCUGGACUCUGUGUACAGCCAUCUUCCUGACCUGUUGUAGAGCCCAGAGACACCGCAUUCUGGAAAUCAACCUACUGGCAGGGUGGUUUUAUUUUGUUUCUAAUUUUUGUUUUUUUGGUGUGUGUGUGUGUGUGUGUGUGUGUGUGUAACAGUAUAUGGCCAGUGCUGAGUUCUUUAUUUUUUUUUUGUCUUUGUUUUUCCCUCUUCUCAGAAAUUACUUUAUAAACCUUAAGGUGUAGCUGUUGCAAAAUACCCACCACUAAAGUUUUUUUAAGUUCCACAUUUUUUCUAUUUUGCCUUCUUACAUGUUUUCAAAAUUGUUCUGUGCACUUUAACUUAGUGGAAAUGCAGUGUGACUUUCUGCACACACUGGAUUUUGAGACUCUUCUUUAAAGCAUAAUAAUAUCUUGUGAAUUCUAUACACAGACUGUCUUUCAUACCCACACCUACUUUUAAAAAAAUAUUAUUUACUCUUUGAAUUAUUGUUUGUCCUUUAAAGUGUUCUUCUUGAGGAUUACGAAAAUUUAAGUUGAGUGACUGUAAUGCAAUUAGUCUGAGUUAUCCUUUCAAUGUCUUGUAUAGUUCAUAUUCGUGGCUGAAACUUGACCACACUAUUGCUGAUUGUAUGGUUUUCACCUGGACCCUGUAGACUGCUUGAUUACAUGUGCUCAUCUUAGCGCUAAUAUGCUCUGGGCUGGAGAAAUAAAACCUUCAAGCCAUCAGGACUUGCUUUCAGUGGCUUGACAGCUGGGCCACCAAAGAACUUGAACUUCAUCUUUUAGUGACCGAGCUGCUCCGGAACAUUUCUGCUGCACUUUGGAAAGCCAGCUUUGUGUGCCAGGGGCACCUUUUCCAUAGAAAAUUUACCCAGCUUUGCUUUAAAAGAUGUCUUGGUUGUUUUCUACACACAGUCAAUAGGUCCAGUUUACCCUCCAGGCCUUGCUGGGUCUCCAUCAGUCACUUUAAUUAAAAAUGGCUGCAGCUGUAAGAACUUUUGUCUGAUAUAUUUGCAACUAUGCUCUCAUUUAUAAACCUGCCCUCUAAUGCUCAAUUGCCAGACUCUGAUGCAAAGGUUGGGUGGACUCCCUUUGUGUGGGUGGGGUGGGUGGGUAGUGGAGAGGGACUGAUAUCAGAAAAAUGCCUUCAAGUAUACUAAUUUAUUAAUAAAUAUUAGGUGUUUGUUA